AAAGAAACAAAUUUGUAGCAAUUAAAGCCUACUGCUAUUUCAACGAGUUAAACUCUAAUACUUAUCUAACACAUGGAUGUGAUCAAUGUGAGCGGAGGAUUGGAGAAUGACUGUGAUGUUCCCGAUCUUGCUGAUUCUCCAACAGAUACAGAAGAUGAAGAUGAAAAACUUGGAAAGAAAUUGGGAAAAAUAAGUGGAGGGUUACCGUGGGAUGAUGAACCACAGACACAGACAAAAUUUUGCUUACAAAGUGAAAGAUGGGAAAGAUACAUUGAAAUGGAGGUUAACACUUUUAAUGCAAUAGAGAGAAUUAUCUAUUCGCCUUUUUUGUUUCAAACACUGCUUAUUCCUGAAAAGUGGAUCAGAUGGGCAAGCUUGAAGAAGAUAAUAAAUUUUGAUUUUAAAAUCAGAAAACUACCAUCGGGAGCUAUUUCUCGUGAGCAUUAUCUUGUAACAAGAUUGCUUCAAGUUGGUAUAAAGAGAAUACAACGUCUUGCAGAAAAGAGGAAGAAUGUUAAAGCCAUCUUGAAGAUGAUGCAUUCUAUUAGAAAUAUUCCUUCUACUGAAGUAGACAGAGCACUGAAUGAGACAAAGCAGAACGAACUUAUGAAAGUGGUGGUUGAUUUCAUCUAUUCGAUCAUUCAAGAUUAUCCGGAUUAUGAUAAAGUAUUCUUCAAAGUUGUGGAUCGUGUUGUACUUAUUGCACUUUUGUGCUUCCGUCAAUUCGCAGAAACAGUUCACAUCGUUGCAUGCGAAGCUCGAAAUAUUUACAGGGAAGUGGCUCAUCACUACAGUGAAAAAUAUUAUUAUUUAUCGGAGAUUUCAGAGGAAGGCAGGAAAAAUGGAAACGAAUUCUAUAAAAAAGGGAAGUUUGAUGAAGCAUUUGAAGAAUAUACUUAUGCCAUUGAUAGAGCUCCUUUCCACUACUUGUUGUACAGUAAUCGUUGCCAAGUUGCGAUUCGCAAAGAAGAUUACCAGUCAGGAUAUGUUGAUGCAUAUCGUUGUCUAAUUUUGAAUCCAGAAUGGUCAAAGGGAUAUUUGAAGAUUGCCAUUUGUAUUUAUGAACUUGGACAUAUACAAGAAGCAAUGGUUUGGGCACAUGCUGGGCUUAUAAAAUGCAAAAAAGAUGAUGCUGAGAUUCAAAAGAAUCUGAAUAUACUUAUAGAAAAGAUGAAAAGCGAGACACUAGAAACUCAUGACAAAGGAGUCGGCAUGGAAGUGAAUAGAAGUGAAAUCCGAAAAGAGAAGUUCAGUAAACCAAAAAAGAAGGGUAAAAAGAAAAGGAAGCCUUUUCAAAAAGAAGCAGAUGAAGAUGAUGUUCCAGUCUUGGUGUCAGAUGAUGAAUUUGAGGAAUGUCCUGUUAUUGCAGACACUAAAAAAAGUGAAGAAAAGAAAAAGAUUGACGAAGAAAGAAGACAGCUAUUGUUGUCGAGGGAGAAAAAGGAAAGAAAAGAAAAAGAAAUUCAGAAGGAAUUUGAAUCUUAUAUGGAAAAAGCUACUUUUUAUUUUCUCAAAGAUUGUUACAGAGAUGCAUGUAAAUCGUAUUCACUUGCCAUUGAUUUUGUGGAAAAACACAAAGAGAUUCGUGGGUGUAAUGACAAUGAUGUUGCUACUUUGUUGUAUUCUCGUGGAAUGUCAUCACAGCGACAAGGUACUCCAUUGGACAUCAAUACUUCGAGAAAAUAUUUUGGUCGAAUCAUUACUGAACAUAAAGCAUUUUCUCACACCUGCAUGGUACAAUUUGCUGAUGCAAAAUCAAUCUACCUAUUGAAUGACUUUGACAUUGCAUUGAAGGAAGGAACUGUUGCUUUGAAGACAUUGAACAAAUUUCCAGUCAAUGGUUUAUUGAGUUGGCCAGGCACUACAGAAUACAUCCCUGAAUCCAAUGAAAGAUUUUUGAGACGAGAAAUCUGUCUUUUACUAAAACAAUGCAAAGUUCCUCCUAUACCUACUGCUAUUUGUCAAUAUGAAGCAUGUUUGAAAGAUUAUCAGAGAAAAUCUAUUUAUGUCAAUGAUCUGGAUUUUGAGGGUUACUUUGCAAUUUCUUGUGAUUGGUCAUGUAAAUUGAGCUAUCACUUGAGAUGUUGGUCAAAAUUCAAACAUCAAGUACUCAGAGUGAGUGGUGACAAGGAUGUAUUAGGAUCAGAUUGCUACACUCCAGAUUGUCACGGAAAAAUUAUUUUAAUUAAAAUGUUUGAUGAAAAUGCUGCAUACAAGAAAGACCUGAAAUUACCUAAUGAAAGUAGAGGCAAGGAAAACAAAAUUCAAGGGACGAAAUAUGAUCGGCGAACAUCAAAGAGUGAAUUUAAUUUAAGAAAAUAUAGAGAGGCGGAAACUGCGAAAAAGAAGAAAAGAAGAGCAUAUCGAAAAUCAGAUGACACUAAUCUUCAUAAUAUAAAGCAAUCGACAAAAAAUAAAAUUCGUCAAAGUUUUUCAAAUGUUCACAUCCCUGCAGACAAGGAUCUCACAGAUGCGAAGGUUUACGUGAAGAAUACUGGUGCUGACAAUUCUCAAAAAGUGCAGGCUUCUAGAAAUCGAAAUCGAAACAACAAGCGAAUGGGUCCCGUAUCUCUGCAACAAUUUUGUUCAUCUCUCCCAGGAUAUCGUAGACAUAUGAGUAUAGAGGAAAUCAUCGAAGCAAUUGAUAAGGCGAAAGUUGAGUGUACUUCGUUCUUUCUACCUGACGAUCUUCGUGAAGAAAUUGAUCAAUUUGAACAUUCGUUGAGUCAUAAUGAUGAAAAUGUACAUUUUACUGAUGAUGAGAAAUAUAAAAUGCCGUUUCUGUUCGAAUAUUUUCAAGAUUUCUUCACAGUGAAAGGACCUCUCGACACAAAUGAUGAAUUAUUUUCAAGUCAACUUAUAAUAUUACCGCAAGAUAUGAAACAAAUUGUAAACAAAUGUGGAGGACUGAUAGCUUUUCUUAAUUCAAGCCCUCUGUUUAUUCAAAUUCCGCCUUAUAUUGGUGUUCAUUCUCAUCAUGCUCAAUUAAGGAAACUCACUGGAGAUUAUGUCGAACAUACUGACAGAGGUUCUUGUUCAUCUUCCAUAAUUGAUCAUGAUUUUACAACGGAUUUGGAUGCCAUCGGAUUGUCCCAAUUUGCUCAAGAAUUUUAUAUGGGAGCUCUGGCAGAAGAAUCUGAUAUAAUUAACUUGAUUGGAGGGUCUGAUAAUAGUAGUCUGGAUAACAAACUUGAUCAAUUCAAUGGAAACGAUUCACCACAUAUGAAAAGAAGCCAAAAUUCAGAGACUUCAAGCAUGUAUUCUUUAGAAGAUUUGUCGGAGCAGCGUAGUGAAACAGGAAGUCAAGCCAGUUGUGAUAUUGAUAAACAGAUUUUCAAGCAAUCAGUCGUUUCAAUGAAAUCCACAAAACAUAUCCCACAAUCUAGAGAAACAAACAAUGUUGGUACUGGGAUGAUGAAGAAACAGGGCAAGAAAAAGUUUGUUGUCACAACAGCAGAAGCAGGAACACAAACUGAAGGAAGAGAUGAAGCAGAAAAAGCAAAAGAAGCUGUUGCCAGAUUACAAGAACGUUUGGAGGAAAUGCAAGACAGUUUAACAAAGUUGAAAAUAACAUCUCAAACCCGUGAGGAGUCUCUUUUGAAGCAAAUGGAAGAGGUGACAGAAAGAGAAAAGAUUGCUCUGCAAGAAAAACAAAAUAUGAAGCAAUAUACCGAUUCUGAGCUGGCGAAAGUAUCAAGCAUGAAAAAGCAAUCGCAAGAUAAAGUACAAGCAGCUGAAUCAAGGGCUGAACAGUCUCAAGCAAAAGAACGUGAAGCUCAAAUGAAUCUUUCAAGAUUGAUGGAAGGAAUGCAAAAAGAUCGUGAGGAUCAUAUGAAAGAAAUUUUGAAGCUUCGUCAACAAGUUGAAAAUCAAGAGAAAGGUGACACUGACUCAAAACAAAGAGCCAUAAAAGCGGAGGUUGACUUGAUGAAAACAAAAGAAGCUUAUCAUGUCACUGCACACAUGCAAGUGAAAUCACAUUGUGAACAUGCUGUCAGAGAAUUUGAUAUUGAAAUUUCGAGACUUGCCGUCACAAUGCCAGAACAUAUCUUGCAACACUUCAGAUUGGCUCAGAAACAAUGGGCAGCGAAUGCAAUCACUUGCGGAAAAACUAUCGAGACCUUGAAGGCAGCUUAUACAAGUAUUAUAGAUCAAAUAACUGCAGGACGUUGUUUGUCUGAAUUACCACCUGUACCUGAUCUAAAACCACCUGCUCCUUGUCCAACUCCUCGGCAACUAAUGAUGCAGUUACAUCGAAACAACUUGGCAAAUGCAGCAAACAAAACCAAUGGCGCUGUCAAUGCUAGUGUAGAUGGUCAAUCCGCUAGUGGAUUUACAACAAUUCCCGCUAAAAAUGGUGCCAAAAACAAACCUGUUGGCAUAGUAUCUGUCAGUGCGAACAGUCCAUCUCCAAUGUCUUCAUCAUCUUCCAAGAAUUCAUCAAUCCAAUCUCAAUCUGCUUCACGUUCUCCAGCUGUGAUGACACCAAUUGGUUCAGAAAUGACGAAAGCUCCAAAAAGAAACAAUUUUCAAACUCUGCUUGAAAAGUUAUCCAACAACAUCCCCCAACUGACAAAGGAACAGAUAGAACGCUAUGCUCAAAAAAUUCGUGCUGAUAACAAAGGAUUGACUGGAUUUUAUUAUGAAGAAAUUGAACAGAAAAUCAAAAUGAUGGCUGGAGUAAGCAACAUUGGACAGCCGGCAUCAUCAUCUCAAUCACAUUCUUCUCCAUCAUUGGCCAUGUGGAAUAUGUCAUCCUUACCAUUGGGUUACAAAAGAGAGGAUUUCGAGACUUUGGAUAUUGAAGAAGAAGAGUCAAUGUGUCCCAUAUGUUGUGAUCCACUAAAAGAUGGAAAAGUUUCAACAUUGGAAUGUCAACACAAGUUUCAUCAUGACUGUAUCAACAAGUGGAUGAAGAAACAGCGUACAUGCCCCAACUGUCGCAAAUUCAUGGCUGACACAACUGAGUUUCCAGCUUUAGGCCAAAACGGUGUUCAGGUACCACCUGGAUUGCUUCCUGGCUAAGGAAUUAUGACAAAUUUCAUGUUUCGAACAUUUUUCUUGGAGAAAUUUGAUUUGUAAAUAGUUGAAAACAUAUCAUGAUUUUGCACUUAAAACAGUGAUCAGGCACCUCCCGGAUUGCUUCCUGGUUAAAGAAUUAUGGCAAAUUCCAUAAUUUGAAAAUUUCUCAUGAAAAAACUGGAUCUGUAAAUAGCUGAAGCCAUAUCAUGAUUAAUUAUUGUCAACAAAUUUAAAGUCGAACUACAAUUAUAAACUUUUGAUUGAAGUGUGCAGACCUAUAAGUUUUUGUUAAUGUAGCCAUAUGUUUUACUAAUUCUCUGCCAUUAUUGUUUUCAUUUCACGAUAUUUCUCCUGGAUGCUUAAAAUGCAUUCUUAGUUACCUACUUACUAGUACUACAUACCUUUAGUACUCUUAUGGUAGUUUUGAUUGGUAUUUUGGCAUUCGAACUGCAAAUUCUCAGCAAGAGCUUCUGAUGUCUAAGAGAUGCAAAUCAAAUUUGAUUUCAGAAGUCUUUAAAAUAAGUUGAAUAUUUUUUUUCAUGACAUUUUUGCUUUAUUGAAAUAGUAAUAGUACCAAUUACCUAUGAAUAGCCUGUUUGAAUUGUCAAAACAGUCUGAAUUAAUUGUAUUUUAUAUUCGCACUCUUUGCUCCGAGUUGAUAUAUAAACCAUUUCCUGUUCAUGAAUAUUGAUAAUAUUAAACAGCAAUCCCGAUAGAAUUCAAUAAUGUGACUCGAUAGAAGCAUAAUUCUACUCACAUUUUGAUCCAAAUUAAGUAAUUAAGUAACACAUAAUUUAUUUUAUCAUAUUUAGGUUUGGACAUUAUCACAUAUUUUUUGGUGGUCCCAUUCCCUAAAUUACAUUACAUCACAUAGUUUUCUAAUUUUCUGCUAUGAUGUGAAUGAUAAGCAGAUUUGGCAGUCUCUACAUUUUAUUCAACAAAAAUAUAUAUUCUUCACAAUAGCAUUGUACAAAUCUCACUGAUUGAAAAAAUAACAUGCCUAAUUUUAUUCCGUAUAUAUAACACUUAUGAUAUAUUCUAUCAUGUUUUUAACAUUUUGCAUGAAUAAUUAUUUUCCCACUAAUCUCAAUAAUGUCCUUAUAAUUCAAUUUAACCCCUUGUACUUUGAGAUAGCAAUCUUAUGGCUUGAAAUUAUUGCACUUGAAAUUGCUAUAUAUAUAUAUAUAUAUAUAUAUAGGUAUAUAUAAUCAAACAUUAUAAAGACAUGAUCAACAAACCUGACUUGAACACUUAAUUAUCUUCAGUACCUCUGUCUGGUAAGGUACAUUCUCGAAAUUUGAAAAUUGUCAAGACAUUUGGAAACUUGGAAAAUGAAAAAGAUUUUUCGAUAAGAUUGCUGGAAAAGAUCCUUAUAAUGAAUGAUUUGAUUGUUAACAAUUGCAGUCCCCUUCAUACCAGUCCGUUUCAGUUGCCAAAUUGCCUGUUAGAUACCUACCUAUUGUACCGUUAAGAUCCCAGCGUAAUCAUGAUUAAAAAUCAGUUGUACAAUAGAACUCAAGUAUUGGAAAGUAUUAUGAUGAAACAAUGGGUUUUUCCUUUUACAAACACCCACAGCUUAACUUUCAAAUUGAGGUUUUUAAAAUCUCAGGAUUAUCAUAUUUCAUCACUUCAGAAUCAAGUGUUAUUUAUUGUUCAACAACACUGAGUUGUGAAAUUACCUGUUGCUAUGCGGUAUUUUGUUUUGUUUUUAAUAUAAGUGAUAACCACAAGUACUUAGAUGUUCCUGAAGAAAGGAAAAGCUGAAUCAAUAGUAAUUUUAAAAGAAAUAAGAAAUUCCAGUUCUUUGUCUAAAUUAUAUUUAUAAGUUUCAAUCAGCCAUCAGGGGAUAAAAGGGACUUAUAUCGUGUUUGUUCUAAUUUGAUGAUGAUGGAAUAUUAUUGAAAUUAGUUUAAACAACUAACUAUAACAUCUUGGACAAUUUUUAUCACAUAUACAUGUCAGUUAAGCUUUUCAUGUUUAUGUUUCUCCUUCAACUCCAGUAGUGAACAACUGAAAUAACAUUACAAUACGAUUAUGGCUUUUUCAUUAUUGUGAUAUAUAUGUAUUUAAACCCUAAACCUUUGUUUAUAGUUGUUACUUUCCCACAUUCACUAAUUCAAUUUUACUUUACGUAUUCUCAAACAAGAAUUGCCUUUAGGAUUACUUUCCAAGUUUUUUCAAGUUAAUGAUGUUUGAAUAUAAAUACAUUGAAUUCAUUCUCCUGGUUUCAGAUAUUAAUUUCAAACUCAUUUUGGUAGAUUUUAAUAAGAUUUGUGUAAGAUCCCAAUAGGGCAAGGAGUACAAUGACCCGCAUGCUAAUGAAGCUUGUGGUUUGUUUUACGUCCGUCUCUGUACUUGAUUUUUGAUUUGAAAGAUUUGCUCUCAAUUUCAAUGUCUUUCCGAUUUAUGGGUAUUUGAACUGAUAUAGAAUAUUGUUGUUUUCGUUUGGUUGUGAAAAUCGUGUAAAUAAACAGUAAUUUCAAAAAGUG